AUGACAGCAUCAAGCGGAGGUCAGGAAGCUCCUUCGCAAAGUGGCCAAGUCAACACUGAGAACGAUCUCCAAAUCGAUGUCACUGAAUCGGCCGACACAUCAAAGACGUCUAGUCUCCUCACUCCACCUUCGGAAGAUGAUCAAGACUUAAAGCCAAGUCCCGCACAAUCGUCUUGUGGUGGAUUGCCCAGGAAGCGCAAGUCGAAUGGUUUUCGUAAGACUGAGGAAUCCGUGCGGAAAAGUGGGAGAAUAACGAGGACAUGUGAUCUAUCUGCUGCAGAUUUCGUUGACAAUUAUGUGGACUGUAAGCAGCUGAAACAACCUCGCAUAGUGCAACCUCCGAAAGGUGCCAAACGCAUACCAAAUGUUAUGCCCCGAAACAAGGGUGCGAAAGAAAAGGACAAAUUGUCAAUAGAUAUGGUCGGCCCACGAACGAGAAGCAGUCUUGUCGAACUGAUAUCUCCACUUGGCGGCGCCCGAAAAAAGAAUAUACAUGUGGAAUACACGGCUAAGAUCGGUCCAGAAUAUCAGGCAACAUUCGAGCCAUUCUACGCGGAGGAAUUUGUGGCGCCUUCAGUUUCGAGCAUUGAUGAGGAGCCUGAUAGAGAAGAACCUAUGUGGCACCUUGAGCCAAGCGGAAGCACUUCAUAUACAGAUGAAGAACUCGAUGAUGCUUGGUCUGCUAUUCGUUGUCAAUACGGUGGCAAAAUUGGACUGGAUUCGAUGUUAUAUUGUUUAAUGAAGCACAACUACAAUAUAGAUGCAAUGCUGGCAAAUAUUGAGAUGGAACAAUGGAAGAACCUAGCACAACCAUUUGAAGAACUUAAUAUCGCCCAACAAAUGGAAUUCGAGCGAGUUCUCCGAGAUCUGAAAGGGAAAAAUUUUGGUGCUAUGCAGGAUAAAUUCAUGAGACAGUACUAUUUGGGAGAAAUCACAAAAUAUUAUUAUCAGUCAAAACGACGCGCUUGUGUUCAUGAACGAUAUACGCGUUGUACGUGCAGAGAGAGAUUGACAAGCGCUACCGUUUCACCAGUACCUCGCUAUGAAUGCGCCAAUUGUUCGAAGUAUUUGUGGGAAGGGAAACAUCGGAUGCCGCCCAAAUACUGCGCUAUUUGCCAACUGUAUUACAAGAGAAAUGGCUGCCAUCGAAAUGUCGUUGGCAAGUUGUUCGAAACAGAUGAGAAGAUUGUCAGACGUUGGGUAGAGUUAGAGAAGGAUAACAAGCGUACUGUUACCAGCACAGAGGUUCUGGAGUGGCUGGAGACUGAACGACGUGAGGCAGUUCUGUUGAAUCCAGAUUUCGAUGAGAUCCCUACACAUCCUGCAAAGAAGAAGUUGAAAAAUGAACAAAUCAUGGAACUGACACAGAAAUUCAAGCCGACAACGAGUUCGAGGUGUGCGCUGCAAACCGACUACGGCAAUGUCGUCAGCCGAGUAGCUUUAGAAGGCUUCACCGACGACGAAAUUUUGAAAAUCAUACGAGCGUUCAGAACGGUCGGAAAAAAGUUUGGUGAGGUUUCGAGUAUCAUUGGAACUCGAACACCCCAGGAGAUAUCGAUUUUCUAUCGUCGUUACAAAUUACACUAUCACUUAGAUGCGCUGUUUGAGAGUUCCCGAAAAGCGCUUUUGCCACCGAUUAUUGCACCUUCAACGUCCCGAAGCUCCCACCCGGAAAAUGGCUCCUCCUCGCCUACUCCGGAACCAGCUCCGCGUCGAAAAAGAGCUGGAUCGGAUCCCGCUUAUCCCGAAGCCGAUGUGGUGCCGUUCAAGACUACUCGAAUCACCAGACAGUCGGCGGCUUCAGUGUUGAAGAAUCCAGAACGGGAGCUGAACAGUGGAUCCUCUUCGCGUUCUGUUUCACUCGGUGACAAAGCAUAG